UUUAGGGACCAGGAAUACGAUAAUCUUGCCUCGACCAGCAUUCAAGGUCACAAUCCAUUUGAUUAGAAGGGUGCUAAUAUAGGUCUUUCCACUGCCAGUAUCGAGCGCAGCGAUAACAUUUCUUUCUUGAGCUCGCGCGAAGAUUUCCUCCUGGUAACGCCGAGGAAGAAGGACUUCAUUGAUUUCAUUGAGAUCUACAGUCAUUGCUGUAAAGAAAUGUUAUUGCUGGAGUCGACAGAACAUGGGCGAGGUGCCAGGACUUCACCCCAACGUUGACACUGUCAACAUGGAAAAGCUGGUCGAUUUACCCUCAGUAGCAAGGUUGAGUAAGAAUGUCAUCAGAAUCCUAGGACAGAACCCAGGGAAAUACACGCUUCAAGGGACGAACACGUACCUUGUGGGUCAAGGCAAUCCUUACGUUCUCGUUGACACAGGACAAGGCAUAGAUUCGUAUCCUUCACAUUUAAAAGAGGCACUUCAGACGUAUGCUCUUGACCAUGAGAAACAGCUUGUCUCGGAUGUUAUCGUUACGCAUAGACAUCACGAUCACAUCAAUGGUCUCCACUCGGUCCUUACACUGGUUCGGGCAGUUUGGAACGAGAGGCGCAGCUCUGAGUCUUCAUCUAUUCCAUUCAUUCCUCCCAGAGUACACAAGAUCCCUUUGGAUACCCCAGAUGAUGGCAUCACCGAAGUUCUACAGUCCAUUUCUGCUGAUGAUGUAACGCCUGACCCAUCAGGCAACCUCCUACAUGACCUGCAGGAAGGACAACACCUUCCCGUGACAUCCUCAGAUUCACAACCUGCACAUCUUCACGUUAUUCACACUCCCGGACACACACCCGAUUCUCUUUGCUUAUACUUCCGGCCUGAUGAGGCACUCUUCACUGCAGACACAAUCCUCGGACAAGGAACUGCUGUGUUCGAGGACCUUGGAGAAUACAUGUCGAGUCUCCGAAAGCUCCUCGACUUUUAUCGAGGACAUCAUUAUACUGUCUUGUAUCCCGCACACGGUCCGGAGGUGAAGGAGGGCGCGAAUCGGAUCGCGAUGUACUUGCAGCAUCGAGUUCAGCGCGAGGAGCAGAUCGUGAAGGUCCUCGCUUCGAAUCCUGCCGAACAGCUGCGAGAUAAAGACACGGUGUGGACAACGUGGGACAUUGUCAGGACAAUCUACAAGGAUUAUCCGCAGAAUUUAUGGGAGCCUGCUGCGCACAGUGUUGAUUUGCAUUUACGGAAGCUGGAGACCGAAGGACGUGUGAGGCUGCGUGGGGGCCACGGGAAAGACAGGCAGUGGCUGUUUGUACGAUAAUAAGGGGUUGUCAUCGAGAUCGGAUUUGUACAACUGUUAUCAUGGAAUGGAACGGACGGUUUCAAUUGCGGGUAUAGGAAAUAAAGAAUAUAU